AUGACUUUCUUAUGCAGCCUCUUGGGUUUGGGGCAUUCGGGAGGAUGUGGCUAUCGCUACCCUGUUGUAACAAUGAACGUGCCUUGCGAGAGUAGCAACAGGGGCCACAAUUCUUCCAAGAGUAGCAACCCCAACAGGAAGAAGCACAACCCUUCCAAGGGCAACAACGGGACCAAGAGUUCCUUCAACAACUCUGGUCCUGGAAAGCAGAAUUUCGGAAAUGGCACGUUCAAUACUGGUGCAAAUAUUAGCGGGAAUCGCUUGAAUAGCAAUAACAACAAUGGAACUAUAGACUCCUUCAACAACUCUAGCUCUGGAAAGCAGGAUUUCGGAAAUGGGACCUUCAACACUGGUGCUAGGAUUGGACGUUGA